CAUAUAAAGCAAGACUAGACGACUGGUCUUACUGCGAGGUGGAUGGUGGCGAGAUAGCAACAGGUUUAUCAUAUAAACCAUAGAUCUUUCAUCAGCAUGACCUCGUUUCCUUCGUCGGGAUCGUUCAUCGAACAGGUUCGGACGAGUUGCAGGAACGUCAGGCAGGAUGCGGGGAUCAAGAUCUCGAUCGAAGCUAUCGACAAGUUCCUCACCCAGACCCUCAACGAAUCCGAUUUCAACCGUCUCAAAUCCCAUCACGGCGUAUCGGCCUUUCCACUCCGUUUCCCCACGCUCGUCAGCGAGAUCAACUUCUUAGCCAUCCUCUCCCUCUUGAACACGUUGUCAGGGUACCGAUUACCUCUGCACAAAGCUACUGGGGAUGGGGCUUACCAGAAUAUCAUCAAGAUCCUCGUCGGGCUGUUCAUCACCGGGGAGGACGAAAAGCUGACUAGCCGAGGUCUGAGCGAAUUGACUCCAGAGGAGAUCGCUGGGAUCUUGGGUGUCUCACUGUUUAGUGAGAAACCUCACGAGAGUCUACCCGGGGUGACGGUGGGGACUAAAGAAGGGGAGGUCGCCGAGGCCGUCGAUUUGGUCGUCAGGGCGUGCAAUGAGACUGGAAGGGCUUUGGUGGAGGCUGGGUAUGAGAGCUUGGGAGAUUUGGUCGUCGAGAUCUUGGAUGAGGCUGAGAAGAUUACGGAGAGCAAGGGGGAUGCAGCUGGGGCUGAUCACUUUAUCGAGAGACUCGUCACCACCAUUCCCGGGUUCGCCGACCAGACCACUUUAACCCUCCUCGACCCACCUCGACCGGUGUACAUCUACAAGAAAGCAUUCUUCCUCCUCUUCGCUCUUUAUCAACGGCUCGACCCUCGAUCACCCGUUGCUACAAGUACAAGUACAAAGGGGAGCGACAAGUCCGCUCAACGGACAGUCCCCUCCGCCCACGCCCUCCCUAUGUUCAUAGAUAAUGUCCUGUGUACAAUGCUCGUUCACCUAGAGAUCCUCGACCUCUCAUCUUGCACCGUCCCAACUCUAUCCUCGUGGAACACUUCGGCCAACGAAUUCCGAGUCAGCGUGAAAGGCAAGACUAAAGAAGAACUAGAUGGGAUCCCCAAGCACGUCGACGGACCCCGGGUGAUGGCCCAAGAAGCGUAUACCGUCCGGGCUGCCGCGUUGGAUGCGGGGAAGGUUAUAUUGGAACGUGUACGGGAGAUCGAGGGGAGGGAAGGGUUUGGGUGGUUGGGUACGGUUGAUGAGGCGGAUAUCGAUGGAUACCUGUGGGCCGUGGCCAAGGACGAUCCGGUAUUGAGAAAAGUCCCGCGGAUGGUGGAGCGUAAUACGAUCAUGUACUGAGAACGUUAUACCAAGACGAAUAUGAGAUAUCAAGAUGUAAGAACAUGCGA